GUCAUAAGCGUCGUGUCGCGUCUCUCCCGCAAACGCGGACAGGCGGCCCGCGCAGAGCGAUUUCCGGCGACACGAGAGCGCCACGCGAAAACAGUAGCCGGCGGACAGCACCGCGGACGGACACCGCGCGUACCCAUCGACACGGCGUCGUUGCGUCGCGACACGCCGACCACCGACCUGCAGUCCGUAACCGUACGACGCACCGAAACGGCCACGGCCGGUCCGACACUCUCGAUUACCGCGUUAUGUACACGGGUAACCGCGGAUACCGUGCCCGAUAACCGCGAUUCCAUCGGCCGCCGCCGCAUAGGGACACCCACCGCGACCACGGAUACCGUAGGCGAAACGUCCACGUCGUCAUGUAUUCGGCCCACUACAACGGAUUCACGUUUCAAGGUAAGUCGUCCGGCUGUAGUAAAUCGUAAUGUAAUAAUUACAUAUAAAUAUUCGAAUCGUAUUUUAUGCAAAAAAACAUCCCCGUUUUAGGUUCGGUUAUACGUAUACGUUAUUUUACCGGACAUCAUUCCCGUCGAAAUUCGUCGUUCACCGACAGACGCGAUAUGAUUCGCAGACAGUCCUUCACUAACUACAACGUAGUGUAUAGAAUGCAUUCGAUUAUCGCAUCGAGUUUCAAAUCAUUCGAACGCACGUUAUCGUUAAUCAUAUUUCAGUCUGAUCACAUAUUUAAAUACACACCGUCAACUAUACGUUUGAUAACCGACAGUAACAUCAAUGCCACAAAAAUCCAUACGCCUAAUAAUGUCUGUACGAAAAUGUAUUAAAUGUUUCAUUCGUUUACAAAUCGAAUAAAUGGUUAUGAAUUAUGGAAUUGAUUGUAGUUUUGGACCCAUGUGAACAUAACAUACGUUUUGUAUAACAUAUAGUAUCGUAUUAUGAACUUGAAAAAACCGAAAAAAAAAAGAUAUUUGUAUGUGUCACUACAGUUAAAGUCUCCCAAGUACUUUACUGCGUUAAACAUAAUAAUUACACCGUACGGUUGUGCGGUGAAUUUCGAAAACCAAAAUCGUAAACAACAAGAUACAUAUUUUAAUGAACAGUUGACUUUUAAAUGCACAGAACAUAUCACAGAGUUAUAAAUACAAUUAAAAGACGCAUAAUUGUGAAAAAAGAAUAAAAUCUAAAAAAGGGAUAGUAAUUAUAAUAUAAGAAUUAAGCAUCGAUUAUUUUUAAUUGCGUAUAGAUUACCUAUUUAUUCUACUCCUGUAUAAACGAAAUAUUAUAUAAUUUAAACCAUAGUACAAAUUAUUUUAAUUUUAAUAAUACAAUAUUAUAAUUUUAGAUGCUUAAUCGAUUUUCAAGUGAAAAUGCUCCAAAAUUGUAAACCACCGGCACCUCCAUUAAAAACCGUAGAUUUUUUUUAUCUGGCAUGGCGGUACGAAUUUAUUAUGUUUUACUUAGAAUCGUUUUUCUUUGUACAAUGAAUAAUUAUAUAGCUGUUUUCAGUGAAUAUACUUAAUUGUAUUAGCCUAUAUAAAACCGUAAACAUAUUUUAUAGACUAUAGUUUUGCACCUAACAAACUUCCCAUCUACAACAUAAGUGACCUCCCCUGCUUCUCAUGAUGCCGAAGUACAUAAUGUUCAUGAUUUUUUGGUAAUCAUAGUAUACCAACAGUAUUCUCAAUAUAACAAAAAUACUAUUAUAAUCAACAGUCAUCAUAACUGGCGAUAAUUGGAACAAUUGUUUAGAGUAAUCAAUCACAGGCUAUUGCUGUUGAUGUCCAACAUUGUCUAAAUUGAACUAUGUAUUACUUCAGGUCACUCUAAUAUAGUAGAACAAUGAUUAUUGAUAAAAAGCUUGAUCAAUAACAUAAAUUUUAAAUUUCAAUACCUAUAUAAGACUUGCUUUUAAGGGGAUUGCAUGCGACCUGCUUUUUUUUUUUAUCAAACUUGUUUGUAGAGAUCCGAUUUCAAUCAUUUUUGUUUAUUAAUUUUUUUUUUUUUUGGAAAUAUGUGUACAUUUUACAUUGAAUUUAGAUUUUAACCAGGAUUUUAAAAUCACAUUUCCAAACGCUAUAAAUAGCGUUUGAAAAUUCGUGAUAUUUGUUAGAUUUAUUUUCUGUGGGUUUUGAAAAAAAAAAAACGAAAUCUGACGUCUACGAGGUAAAUGAGUUAACCAAACCAUUUUUUGAGCGUAUUAUAUGCCUAUAAUUGACUGAUUAAAAGCUAAUUGCAUUUUUCGUUAAGAAUUUUUGAGACUUUUUAAUUAUAAUAAUUGAUCUUUUAAAUAAUACAUACAUUUUGCGUAAAUAGCAUUAUUACACGUAAUAUAAAAAAAAAUCUUUUGAAUAUACUCGUAGGUAUAAAUCUGAUGUCGGCUAACGAUAUAUUAUGAUCGAAACGAGAUCGCAACAUUAUAAAUUAUUACCACUAUUUAUUAUAGGCCAAGGGCGUGUGAACCAGCUGGGCGGCACGUUCAUCAACGGUCGUCCGCUGCCUAAUGUGGUCCGGUUAAAAAUCGUGGAAAUGGCCGCGGCCGGAGUACGGCCCAGCAACAUAUCCAGACAGCUCAAAGUAUCGCACGGGUGCGUGUCCAAGAUCCUCAACAGGUACCAGGAGACUGGCAGCAUUCGACCGGGAAUAGUAAACAGUGAUCACGUCCAAGUAAACAUAAAACAUUUAUUAUAUUAUACUAUAGUUAUACAUUCUAUAAGCGAUUUUUCCAAUCACCUAACUAUAUGUUUACAUCACGAAUAGAUUCCAGAAUCUGUUUUCUUCUCAGAAACAAUGCAUUACGAGCAAAAUAAUUCACAAUGUGUAUAACUAUAAUUCUAUAUAAUAUAUAACCACAGUCCACAAGUUUAUUUUUCAUCUACAUGCAGUGGCGUACCCAAGAAUUUCCUAUAGGAGAGGAUAUAGCAAAUUAGAAUCGUAAAAUUUUCUCUACCUAACUCGGCUAUAGGAAUUGGUAAUUUAAAAGCCGGGUCCUCAAAAAGACCAAUUUAUAAUUAAUAAAUCAUGUUUUUCUCGUAACUUAGCUAAAAUAUAUGGAUUUAAAUAUGAAAUAACUUAUAUUUUUUGUAUUUUUAAACCAACGGGGAGAGAUAUAACCACUAACCUCCCCCCUGUGUACGCCGCUGCUUAUAUAUAACAUAAAGUCCUUUAUUCAUGAAUGAUAUUAAAUUUUUCCUUGAAGUUAACUCUCGUGAUAAUUGUUUUAUUCUAUAUUCUGAAUUAAAUAACUUAUUUUCAUGGGUCCAACAGCUAGGAUUGUCUCUUAACUUGGAAAAUGUCAUGUUAUGACUUUAUCUAGAAGUAUAAUUCCGAUACAUUAUCAAUAUUAGAUUACUGGUGUUUUCAUUAAGCGUGUUUUCUGUUACAAAUAAUUAAAACGUCAUACGCCGUGCCACCACACCCUACCUAAACUUAAGAGUUGAAUAUCUCGUCAACGGUUUGACAGAAAUCAAAAAUUUGAACACCAAAAUCUAUUUAAAUUAAUAUUUCAUGUAUUUAUGGAAUUUUCUUUAUAGAUUUUCAUUUGCAAAACCAACGUUGGUAUCACCACAAGAUAUUUUUAAAUGCUGUAAAAAAUCUAAGUAUUCGAAAAUAUCGUUUUUAACUACAUUUAAAAAUUCCAAAAAUCAGAAUUUGAAUAUUUCAAAAUUUAACCAAGAAAUCGGGUGAGCACGCUUAGUGAAUCACCCUGUAGUAUUUCAUUAAUACAUUUGGUAUAUUUUCCCGUUUCUCCUCCAUUUUUUUUCGGUUUUACAUUUCAUGAGAAAACUCCUGAAAAAAUCGAAAAAUAACCCCGCUAAAGUUCCCACGCCGAUUUUCUUUCAUAAAAGUUAAUACACUUAAAAAUCGGAGCAAGAUCUCUAGUAGAAAAGUUAUUUACAGAAAAAAAAAAUUAUCUUUGUAAAACCAUAAGCUUCCUCAUUCCACUCCAAACAAAAUUGAAAAUAAAAAAAACAUUUUUUUCCAGUUUUUCCUAAAUACUAUGAAAACUUCUUUAAAAAUCAAAACAAUCAUAUUAUUAAAUUACCACCUUAAUAAAUAAUUUUUUCAAGGAAGGUAAUAAAAAUCGAGCAAGGUUUCAAAUAGAUAUUUUAACACAAUAUAUAAUAACAAAAAAAUAAAAACAAAAUAAUCAUUGUAAAACCAAUACAUAUUCCUCGUUUCGCUCAGAAUCUAUAAUGUUCAAUAUUCAGUAUAAUAUAGAGUUUAAAACUGUACAAAUAAACUAUAUCAAAGCAAUUAAUCAUAUAUCGUGAUUUGUGAUAUAAAUCAGUUAUAAUUUAAUUUUUUUUAAAAACCAUAAAAUGUCAGUCUUUAAAACGUUAAGAAAACUGGAUGCUUAUGAUUUUUAACUUAACUAUAAUAUUUUAACGAGUUAAUGUCCGUCAUUGUCAUUAACAUUUGUAUUUAUAAUAUAUGAUUUCUUUUUGGGAGAUGGAGAGUGUGAGAAUAAUUUUAUUUAUUCUUAAAUAAAACGAAUUGUACAAAAUACCUAUAUAAUAGAGAAGUAUCCAACGUUUUGAAGGAAAGAUUUUUGAAAAUUUCACUACUAAAAUAGGUAAAAUAGGGGGUGAAAGUCAAAAUGUUUGGGAGAAGAAAGCACUAAAUUUGACCAAAAUAGACAAUAUACAAUACACAAUUACACAUAAUAAAUUAACUGUACUGACAUGAAAACGGUCGCAUAAUACAUAUAGUAUUAUACAAAGUGAUUCACUAAGCAUGCUCACUCUAUUUUUUUGGUUAAAUUUUGCAUGUAUUCAAAUUCUGAUUUUUUAAAUUUUUAAGUAUAGUUAAAAACGAUAUUUUCGAAUACUUAAAUUUUUCAAAACAUUAAAAGUUCCAUUAAUAGACGGAGUACUGUUUUAAAUACAUUUUGGUGUCAAAAUGUUUGAUUUACGUCAACCCGUUGACGAGAUAUUUCAGUUUUAUGUUUUGAAAGAGGGAAAGUAGUGGAGUAUCAUUUGUGUGGCGACACAACGCGUGGCGUUUUAUUAUUGCACCUAUAGUCUCCCCUACCUAAACUUAAGAAUCAAAUAUAUUGUCAGAAGUUUGACGGAAAUCAAACAUUAUAUUGUUAUUGUUUUUUUUUUUUUAAUUGUUGCCUUACAGUAUAAUAAUUAUAAUUAUUUUUUAUCUAAUCAAAAAAAGAAAAUAUUAUAUUAUAGGUAGUGAGUUUUUAUAAACUUUCUAGACAUUGCAUCACAAUUAAUAUUUAAUAUAACAUUAUAUAUAAAAUAUAAUAUUUAUUAUAUUAUGUUUAAAAUAUAAAAGUAUCUGAUAUAUCAGUUCGUGUACCUUAACGCUAAUAUAAUAAUGUAACCCCUACACUUUUCAAAAAUCUAAAAUAUUGUGUUAUCUUCAAUUAGUAAUUAAUUUUAUAAACAAUUUGAUUUAAUUUAUACGUAUGUCUACGUUAUGUACAAUAUAUUGGUUAAAUAUCAGGCAACAGGGUUUCAGCCGAUACCUUAUAGUGUAUCGGUUAAUAAAUUCAAUAUCAUUUCGUAGUUUUCAAUUUCAAAAACCGAAUCGGUGAUCGGUUGUGUAUCGGAAAAAAGUUCAUAUCAGCACAUUAUAAUUUAUUAUUUAAUAUUAUGUCAUAUGAAAUUGUUGUUGAAAAAUAAAGGAGAUAAAAGCUACGGCGGGCGUUCAGAGUUGAGACGUUUUUUUAGGUGAGCGCAAGAGACUUUAACGAACGACACUGCUGCGAUAUUAUUAUAGUUAACCUAUAUGGUAAAGGUACUUUGAAUUAAUUUAAAUAAACGUCGCGAAGGCGAUAGAAAAAAAAAAACCAUUAGAUAAGAUAUAAAUUAUUCUGUUAGUACGCGCGCGUGCCCCUUUACUGUAUAAUUAUAUAGGUAUUUACGGUGUUCGAAUAUUAUUUUUUAAAUAAAUUAUUGGCGAAACAAAAAAAAAAAAAAAUGGCCAAUAAAUCAGGCCGACUAUAUAACAUAAUAUAUAUAUAAGUGAUGAUGAAGACGUCGUCAUCAUCGUUUCUUGUUCCGAUGGCUUUAAGGGAUUUUCGGGACACAUUGUGAAACUUGUAUACAGUGUAUAUACGAGAUCUCAUGAAUAUUUAGUAACUACACCUUUUAUUUUUUUACAUUUUAUACAUAUUUUUUUUUUAUAAUUUUAUAUAGGUAUAAUACUGCACUCGCACACACACGCCAUAAAUUCCUGAUCAAUCAUUUUAGCUGUUGGCAUUUCUGUUUUUUUUUCCUUCGUCUUUAAUAGACCCCCCACAACAUGCGACGAACCGCCUGCGCGCUGCUAUUAAUUAAUGGACCCCGACGAGUGUUUCGGCGUGUUUGUGUGCGUGUACGACACAUUCCUCUCUUUCUUUCUCUCUUUUCUUUCUCUCUCUCUCUCUUUUCCUCUCCUCGGCUUCACCUAUUCGCCUUAUAUACCUGUCCGUAUAUAAUAUAAUAUCGUAACAUCACCAGACAAUCCGGCUCCAAGCCGCCGUACGUGUGUAUUAUGGCCCAUUGUUUUUUAUAGUCGGUAAUAAAAAAAAAAUAUAUAGAAAAAAAUAUCCCGAGAUAAUUUCGGCAAUAUACACGUCCCGUUGCAUGUUGUUUCUCGUCCGGCUGCUGCUGCAACAGCGGUAUUUCUUGCACGCCCCGAGUUAUUAGCCGUUAUCAAAAAAAAAAAAAAAUUAAAAUUAAUAAUAAUAAUGAUAAAAUGUUUUCAAAUAAUAUAUCAAAUUAUUUUUUUUUCUACGUUUUUCGUCUCGUUAUGCAUAAUAAUAAUAAUCAUCGAGAUCCCGCAUUUAGCAACGUUGCAGUGUUUCCAUAAAACAUUAUAAUCAUACAUCUAUUUUCGUACACCCAUACCCGCCUUGUUGCAGCAUAAUAUUAUUAUUUAAAACAUUAUUAUGUUAUUCACGCUAUGGAUACAUAUAUUAUAAUUGCUAUUAUAUUGUUUUUUAACGGAAAACAUAAAUUACCGUAUCGAUAAUCAUAGUUAUAUACAUUAUUAUUUAUUCGUUUUGUUUAUAGAAAAACUGUUCGAAACGAACUUCUUACUGUUCGGAGGAAGUUAUUAGAGACACGGCCAUCAGAUCAGUGGACCGUCAUAGUAAUUACUCAAUCGACGGAAUACUGUCAGGUAAGAGCAUUUUUAUUCGGAUUACAUACUAACAGAUUUGAGUUAUCAUCGCCGAACUGUACUAUUGCUGCCUGCAGGUUGCCUUCAAACGUUUUCGAAAUCUGAAAUUUCGUAAUAAAGAUCAAUAAUUAGCUCACAAACCAAAAAAAAAAAAAAAAUUUUAAAAAUUGAAUUUACUAUUCAUUUUAUACAUUUGUGUAAGACAUCUACAUUACAUUUCCAUAUAUUGAUAUGAUUUAUAUUUUAUGGUCAUAACAUAAAAUUAAGGAUUUUAAAAUUUAGACAGAUUGUAUAAAACACGGAUACAAUAUUAAUAUUGUACAAUAAUAAUCUACAAUAUGAGGUAUUACAGCCAAUCUAGGUUACUCAGAUGGUGUAAGUACCUUGAAAUAAGAUUAGCUAAUUCUUAGUAUAACAAUAAUGUAUUCGUUAUUGCCGUAAUUUAUUUGCGUCUAAUUAAAAAGUUUCCAAGUGAUCGUUAUAAUAUUAAAAAGAAUCAACAUAACUAUACGCAUAAACGGUAAAAUAUAGAUCAAGUCGCAAUAAUACGAUGAUUAAUACCUGUACCAAUUAUCAGGUGAUCAAUAUUUAAUUUGCUACAGUCUAAUUUUCAGACUCUAAGUGUGUAACGAGAUUUUACUGAGAUGUUUUUUUGUUUUUAUUUUUUUCGGUUAGUAAAAUUGCUCAAGAUUCUAUUCCCGUCGUACUUAAAACGAUGCUAAUUUUUGGUUAGAUGGUAUUUAUUAUAUGAUAAUAAUUUUACUUUUUUUCAAAUUAUUCAUUUAUUUUUGGCGAGGAUGAAAUGUAUCGUUACUGAUAUACUGAUGAUGAUUAAUUAAAUUACACUGUGUCCUAUACCGUUUAAACUUCUAAAAUACAUUCAAAAAUGAAAUUUAAAAGUACAUAGUUUUGUACAAAUAGGGAAUCAUUAUUCGUUAUAAUAUUCCAAAGCGAUUGAACAGAUUUGGAUUAAAUUUGGUACACAGAAAAAAUAUGUUUUGGAUUAACACACAUAGUUUUUAUCCCGGUUAUACGUUCCUGUCAGAUAAUUUACAAUAUUCUCAACUAGAUUUUUAGCCUCGAAAUAGAAAUGUAAGGAUUUUUUUUUAUUUAUUAUGCGAGUAUGACAGUAAAGUUUAAAUAAACGAAAAAAUGAAUUAAUAUAAUUCUUCCGCGAUAAUAUAUUAUCACGAUAUACUAUACAAUCGUUUAAUAAUUUCGGUACAAUGUUGGAAUAUAUAAUAUUAUGUUUUAAAAUUAUAAUAUAUAUUACUUUAUAUAGUAUAUAUAUACACUCGUUUGACGUGAUGCAUUAAUUUUCGAAAUUCGCGUAACCGCACUAAAUCACCCGUGCUGCAAAACUGCAGAAAAACACGCAAAUUAUCAGAUAAAUUACCUAUAUCGUACUCGUGUAUAAUGUAAUAUAAAAUUGCUCAUUAUGUUCAAUUUAUCGUCUAUUAAAUUUGUUCCCACGUGUAUGUAGAUAAAACGGUAUAUAAUAAUAAUAAUAUUAUACACUAGUUAAAUAAUCGCAGCGGAUUAAUUUAUGUCGUAUUCGGGACUUGGCUUUUUUUUUUUCUAGUACGCGUUCUGACAUAAAUCUUAAAAAAAAAAAUAAUAAUACCAGGUACUCGCGGAGCUCGUUUAUAAUAAAAAUUAUAUUUUUUAUAUUACACAUUAUGUCUCGUGGUCGAACACGGUUGGCACGAAAAAUAAUAAAAUUACGCGGGAGUCCGCGUUUCCCGGCUUUUAUAUAAUAUUAUUAUAAUUUUUAUGUAUCGAACACACCUUUUUACUCGGCGACCGCGCACAGAAACUCACGUGGUUAUUAUCAUUAUUAAUAAUAUAAUUUUCACUAUCAUUAAAAACGUUGUCGCAGUGUACAUAAUGCACUAUGUCGGUAGGUACCUAAUAUAUGUAAACAGGUAGGCUACGCAACAGGUCACCACCCGACAAUAAUGAUAAUGGUUAUUUUUCGACUCGCUAGUUACAGUAAUAGUACGGGUCUAAAACGGUUUGGCGAGAACACCACCAGAGUGUUUCGGGACACGAUCGAUCGCCGAAAACCGAAUAAUAUAGUAUACAACAUUAUAUUAUUAUUAUUAUACUUGCUGGUCGUCGACAACAACGACGGGGUGCACCCGGUAUAAUUGACCGUUUUUCGGGCGAAAACAUCUCGCAGCCGCGACCGCUCCGGAAUGCUCCCGUGAAAAGUACAUUAUAUUAUUAUGAUGGAGUCUAUAUAUUAUGUACUACAAAAAAAAAAAAAAAAUUUCCAUUAAUCACACCGCGGCUAUUAUUUAUAUCGCGUCGUCGUAUAUGAAGACCACGUCGCUGCUCUGUUAUUCUGUUGUAUGCAAGUAGUGUAAUAUUGUCGUCGGGUAUCUCGGCAGCGGCCGCGGCUACCGGAUCGCCGAACAAAAAUAUUAUCUUAUUAAUGAUUUCACAACACGUCAUGCGCAGACGCGGGUAUCUGGCUUCCGGAUACUAUAAUAAUAACACGAUGUGGGCGCAUCAUUAAGUAUUGCACAGCAGCUUAUACAUUUCAUUAUAUUAUAUAGGUUCGGUGGCAUUUUUCGGACUUUGCGGGAUACCUACAAAAUAUGUGUAUAAUAUCGUAUACGCGUAUAUUCCGUCCCGCUGUUUUAACAAUCGUAUCGUAAACACAUAAUAUAGUAAUAUUUUAGAACGUAUCAACCCGGCAGCACGUUUAUAAUAUUAUAGUGGGUAUAAUACGUGUUUGAAUAGUAUAUAUUUUAUUUUUCCACCCUCUGGUGAUAUAAAUUGUUUCUUUUCGAGUGGACAUUUCGGGAUCUUUAUUACACGCACAACUACUAUAUGUGUAUACCGGUAAUGGAACAUUCAUUUCACACCGAAUCAGAAAUAAGUUAUUGGCGAGAUCGAUUGUUAGAUCUGCUAUCAGCUAUAAAUAAUAGUACAUCAAUACCUAUUAUAUAUAAAAUAUAAACGAUUCAUACACAGCGUAAACGAAAUUGAAAUUAGGUCUGAAAAUUCGAUUUAUAGAAGUUUUUAGAUUUGUCGAAAGUUUGAAUUAUUAAGAGAAAACGAGAAAUAAUUCGAAUUAAAGAGAGUGUAAACAUAAUACCACAUAUUUAUUAUAUUUAAAUUUACUUUACAUUUAUUAUUUAUUAUAUUAUUACAUAUUACAUAUUAUAUUAUAGUCGAUUAUCGUCAAGAAAUAACAAAAAUUAGUUUUCUUCUCCUUCGCCUUCAUUCCAACUAUUUGGUAUCUGCUACCUACGUCUUAAACUUCCACUUGCUUCGAUCUCCUACCUCAAAUGCACUUGCUGUCUUUGAAUGUUCUCAUACUAUUCUCAAGAACACCCAAUAACCUCUUUUUGGGUGUUCCUUUUCCUUUUUUCUUUCUACGUUUAUUUGCAUUAUUAUUCUUACUGCUUCUGAUUCCUCUAUCCUCAUGAUAAGCUCAAAUCACCACAGUCUAUCUUCUCUCACUUUUCUACAAUCGAAGAUAUGCCUAUAUGCUACCUCUUAUGUACUUGUUCCUUAUCAAAUUUUCUCUCGUCAUUUCACUCAUCCACUUUAGCAUUCUCAUCUCUAAUACACUCAUUCUCCGUCCUAUUUUUCUGUCUAUACCACUCAAUACUCCAUAUAAAAUAACAUAAUGGGUCUCACCACACUCUUAUAGAACUUACCUUUAAAUCUCUUUGGAUUUUUCUUAUUACAUAAAACACCUGACGUUUCUUUGCACUUUAUUCAGACACCAUUAAUUCUAGGUUAAAUAUCCUCUUUUUAUUUUGUUCCUGUAUACAUCCGAAAUAGGACAAUUUUCCCCAAGUCUUCUUUAGGACUCAUCAAAUUAUUUUACUGAUAAAUCAUACGCUAUCAUCUUUGUUAUUUUUCGAUGCUAAAAUUAUAUGUUCUUAGUACUUAUACAGUAGUUAAAUCUAACGAAUACGAGUAAGAAUUAUAUAAAUUCGAAUUUAAAAGCGUAUUUCUCACCGUUUUACACAGACACACGAGGGUAUUAAUCGAUUUUUUUGUUUUAUUUUAAACGAUUCUUCUUUGAUUUUUUCAUGUUUCAAAACAUACGGGCGUGUGCUUAUUUAUCCAAUUCGAGUUCGGGCUAGGCAGUAUAUAUAUAUAUACGCAAAUGAUUUUUCAUCGAUUAAAAAUUUAGUUUUAGGUUUGCACUUGGAAUAUUAAUAUUUUUGGAGAAGUGCCGGGUUUAAACCGACAAAAGAGGAUAAUGUUUUAUAAAAAUUUUUAUGAAAACUUUUUAAACUGACUAUAGGUUACGUUUCGGGCUUAGCCAAACUUGGAUAGCGGACAUAAUCCGGUAAUUGAUACUUGGAAUAUACCGAACCCUGGGUACAAUAAUACUGUCUGAAGUCACAAGUGAAACACAUUAUUUCGGAAUGCCGAUCGCAGUUGACGAUAUAUUUAUAAUGUAUUAUAGGUACGCUUACACCUAUACUGGACGGACAUCGAUCAAUUUUCGACGACGAUAGAACGAUUACAAUGACGUAGGAUCGCACAAAUAUAAUAUAAAAUAUUCAUAUAUAUAUAAAACGAUAUUCGCGGCGGUACUGCAUAUUAUACAGCAACUUCUCGCGGCGGCUAUUGUUAGAACCGCGAUGAUAUUAUUAUUAUAUUCACAAGCACGAUAUUCACGAGAAGCGGACGAAAAAUCCAUGAAGUGACCUGAAAAACGAAAUUACAAUGAAGUGUCGACGGACUGUCGUGAACCGCGCACAUAUUAUGCUAUAAUAUUAUAAUAGCGCACACGUGGAGAGAGAAGGGCGUUCGGUUAGUAUUAAAAAUACGCCGCCAAUAGAGUGGUCGGCGAUCGUUGGACGAUGUAUAUUAUAAUAAUAAUAUUAUUAUUAUUAUGUACAAUAUGGGACACGAUAAUAAUAUACUGCGUGCGAGAAUAUGUAUAAUAUAUACAUAUAUGUAUGUAUAAUAUCCGACGACAACGACAAUAAUUAAACAAAAUGUAAGAAUAUUAACCUUGAAGUUCCUAAAAAAAAAUUGAAAAAAAAACGACACGAUUGUGCGUGUUUAUAUAUACGAAAAAAAUAAUGGUGAAAAUUACGAUUUUUGAACGUCACAAAUGCUAAUAAUUAUAAUAAUAAUGCAAGUAUACUCAAUGCCGCACAAUAACGAAAUAUACCGACGAUAAUAUUAUAUUUUACUUCUUCUAAUUCUUCUUCGUCUAGACCUAAAACGGAAAUUCGGGUCCUUUACCCCUUCGAUUACGCUUAAAUCUUUAUUGCUCCAUAUAUUAUAGUUAUGAGGUUUUGUCGAUCUCUUCCUACUAAGUCAAUCCAUUUCGGACGUGAUAGUCUCAUUGGCCUCUCGAAUAGUCUUAUGCCAAUAAUUGACUUAACUUUUCUCAUCAGUCUUUCUCUCAAUCACCACACGUACUGUACUAUUCAUUCCAGUCUUUUAUAAGAUGGGAAUUACGCGUGCACGGCUUAUUGUAAAUAUGUCGUAGUAAGUUUUAAUAUUACCUAAAUACAGUAUAAACCACUUAUUAGGAACACGGUUAAUUAACAUAAUUAAAACAAAAUGUUUCGGGCUGGCUGUAUAUUAAAACAUUCAAAAUCAAUUAGACUAUAAAAUAGCACGUCAGUUCUUUAUAACAGAAGAGAAAAUCUGGAAUGCAGUUUUGAAUUUUCAAACAAGCUGACACUGAUGAUGUAGAAAAAUAAAACAGCAAGAAACUCCAACAAAUAAAGAAAUGUGGAAGUUUUUGUAGAAUCUCUUAAUAUGUCAGUGUGUGUCCUCGGGAAAACACCGUGCAGAUAAAAAAGACUGUAUAACUCAAAUAAAGCAGCAUAAUUCUUAUAAAGGCAUGCUCAAUAAGUUACUCCAAACACACAAAUAGACAUCGAUGUUAUCAUUAUUUUUAUACUACUAGUAUUAAUAUAGUUCAAUAUUAUGUGUAUAGCUCGUUUGUAAAUUAAAAUAACUUUUAAAAAAAAAUCAACGUCUAAACACACACGAUGUUCAUGAUUUUAAAUUUGAUUAUAAGUCAAUUUAUUAUAAUAUUAAUACUAAUAAGAGAUAUGUCAUGUGUAUCAAAGCCGAAGACGGCGCAUAUUACAGAUAUCACGUCUUUAGUACAAUUUUCUUGUUUAACUGCUUAAUAUUUUCAUCAUUUUGCGGUUACUAUAAAUUUUUUUUUGAUAAGUAAAACUAACAAUACAAAUAUUGGGGAUAUAAAUAAUAACUAGGCAAAUGUAAAUGAACUCUUCUCCCCGGGAAUCAUAGAAUUAUUUAUUAUUAUAUUAUGUCGUAACGACAUAUUUUCUGCGUAAUAAUAUUUUGGGGUGAAGAUUAGUAGUUGUUCGUUGUUCUGUACUGCAGGUGACAAAAAUAGGCGAGUCUGCGAACGUAGAAACGAGACCGUUAAUUUAUUUUGCAAUAAUAUUCUUUCAGAGUCGACAAUGCGUUUAAUUAGACGUCGUACGUCGUCGUCGGCAACGUAUGUGAUAAGAAAUCAGUCAUUAAGUGAAAGUUUAAAGAACGGUUUACAUUUUAAAUGCAUAAGUAAUAACGAAAGAAAUAAUAAUGCACGUAAUUGGUUUGGACGCUAAAAAAAAAAAAAAACACGAAAUGUUAUUAAUUAUUAUUAUCAUAAAAACAUGUUUAAAGACGAAAAAUGUCAUACAGACAGACUGUUGUUAUUAUAAUAAUGGUCCAAAAAUUGGAUAAUAAUAAUUAAUUUGAUUUAUCGACAAAUAUGACGGUUUGAAUAUAAUAACAGUCGGAAGAUCUCUAAAUAAAAUAGUACCAAAGUACAUAAUGAGAUUAAGUAUAGGUAAAUAUCGUUAAGUGUAUCUGCUCAACAAGUAGAAUUAAUGUAAUUUAAAUUAAUCCGAAGCUUAAACAUGGUAACAAAAAAAAAAAAAACUCUACGUUCGUUUUCAUCGGACGUUCAAUAUAAUAAUAUCAUAUUAUAGAACAUGAAAUCGAUGUUAGCUAUUUAGUAGCAUGAUAAAGGUACAUUAAAUAUUAGAUUAAAUAGGUAGUUGUAUAGGUUAUCUAAAAAAAAUGAUACAAAAAUAAUCUAAACGAUAUCGUAUACCUGAUAUGUUCCAUUGUGUUUAACGUGAUAUCAAAGGAAAAAAAAAACAAAUCCAAAUUGAUUACAUCACACCUAUAAUAUUGUUUCCACGGAGUUAAAUAAUAAUAUAAAAUUAAUUAUCCACUUAGUAUAUCUGAUAUUAUAAUGUUAACAAAUAAUAAUAAAAAAAAAAAAAAAGAGAGCUGAUACUGGGUUGGGAGCGGCCGCUGUUGUAGGUGAGAAGUUGGGAAGAAUAUAAUACUAUAUUGUAAUAUUUGUAAUAUUCUUACGUUAAACUAAGCACAUAAUUUUAUUUUUCAUUUUAACGAUCACAGUAUUUAUGGCCAAAAUUAAAAGUAUACAGCGAACGUUAAAAUAUAAUAUAAUUAUUACAAUCUAUUGUUGUUUAUUUUUUUUUUUGCAUUGAUUAACAAUAUUUUCGUUCGACUGGUGGGAGGCAAAGGACGAAGGUAUAUCCUGUAAAUCGUUGUACGGUAUGGAUGUCGAACCGUAAAACAUUGUGGUUAUUACCACAUCACUAUAAUAAUAAAACAUGUAUUUCGAAAACAACUUCAUCCUAACAGCCUGUCCGGUUGGUGAUGAACAACUUACACAAAUUCCAUUUUGCAAAAACUAGUUUUACCGAAGUCCUAUAAUGCCUACUAUAAAAUAUUAAAAGCCUACCAUAGGUAAAUUUUGAUUCACUGACAAUUUCAAAAAUCAAUAUGUAAAAACAAUGAAAACGUUAAUGACGUAAAUUUUCUUGUUUCAUUCAAUUAUUAGAAAAAUACAUGGAAAAUCAAAAAAAUGAAACUAACUAAACCUAAACAAAUCUAAAAAAAAAUAAUUUUUUGAAUAAUUUUAUCAAAACGAGUACAUGUUAAAAUAAAUCAAUGAAGUGUUAAAAAAUUAAUAUUUAAUUUUGUCAAAUAAUUAUGUGAUGACAUAUAUGAAUAUAUGAGAAAAGCAAAAUCGGCUAGACCAGCACCUACCAUUUAAAGUCUUGAUUUUUUUCGGCAAAAUAGGAUUCAACGAAAUAGGACAACACAGUCCGGUUUGUCUGUACAGGCUGCCAGAAACCGUUCAGAUGAUUCAUCGUCCAGUCGAUCCUGCAAAAUGUUAUUUACAAAAUUUACUUGGUCGAGUAUAUUUUGACCGAUAAAACGAUCAUAGUUUUAUAAAAAAAAAAAUGUAGACAAAUCAUAUUAUAGCGAACAUAUUAACGUCGCGAUGACCAUAGACAAGGUUUUUAUUUUUUUUUAAAGCAUUUGUGGAGGACUAUAACAAUCUAGAAAGUAUUUUAUCCGGAAUGUAUUUUCCCGAAAAGCAUUUCUCCGGACCGUACUUCUCCCGGAAGAUAAAACUUAAGACCAUAUUUAUCCGAAAAGUAUAAUUUCCUACAGUUUUUAACAAGACUAUAAAUCGCCGGACUGCAUUCAUCCGGAAAGUGUUUUCUCAGAAUCUAAAAACUAAAAUCUCUAUUUUUUUCGGAAUUUAUAUUGAUUAGUUCUAAUACUAACCGGGCGACGUACAACAAGCGUCAGUUCUGAGUGUGCAUACGAUUGCAAAGUACGCGGCCCGGACGAAUACUUUCCGGCGAAAGGAUUUACGGUUUUCCGUUUACCGGACGAAUACGACUGUCGAAGAAAUACGGUCCGGCCGAAUAAUACGUUCUGGAUAAACUCGGUUUUUAUUACGUUUUAGAAAUACGCUUUCCGGAAUUUACAUCCGCCCACGUUGAUAUUUCCUGACGAACGCCGGUCUUCCUCGUUUGGGUUCGGUUCACCUGCUACCGCGUCCGGCGGCGGCGGCGCUAUAAUAAACGCUUUGACGCAAUGUGUUCCCGCGGCAAAACAUUGGCGGCUCGCCGUUGACACGAAACAUUUGUUCAUCAAUAAUGGGUACCUACCGAAAACACGCGAGUCCGUCGCCGACAGACAAUAUAUUAUCAUCAUCGCGCACGUUUCCCGCGGUCGGUGUGUCUCUUGUCCGACAAUCGAAUAUAAUAUUUUUGCGGACGUCGUCGGUCCGUCUACCUGUAUAAUAUGUAUAAUAUUUUAUAUUAUUAUUGUGCGAUAGUAUAACGUCGUCGGCGGCAUCGGCGGCGGCUUGUGUGGUCGGCAUCGUGUCAAAGGACCGAUAAGAAUGAAAAAAAAAAAAAGAAAAAAAAAGAAAACGUUGUUUAGCAAAAGGUGUCGAUGUAAUAAAAACUACUGCAACAAAUUGCCCGUUUGUAUACUAUAUCGUAUUAUUAUUACACUAUAUACGGACGGGAGGAGGGUGGGGGAGUCAAUUUCGGUCGGCGUAUAUUUUCGGUUUUCAUUGACACACGCGGGGCUCGCGAACUCCGCAUAGUAUACACGUACAAUGGUUUACACGAUUAUUAUUAUGCUGCGGGUGACUCGGCGGUGCCGGCGGCCUCUUCCCCCCCCCCCAAAAAAAAAAAAAAGGAAGCCGCGCACCCGGGGCCACCGGGCUAGUGAUGUCAGUGCGACAUAAUGGGCAGCACCGGUGACGCGCGAUCCAAAGACGAGAACGUAUUAUUACUACCUAUUAUUAUUAUUAUUAUUAUUAUGGAAUAUAUAUUAUAAUAUAUACAAAAUACAAUACGAAAAGGCAUUCGCGAGACUGAGACGUGUGUGUGUGUGUGUGUGUUAUUAUUACAACAAAAACGGAGCCCCUCGACGGCGGCGGUGAUAUUAUUUCGUGUUUUUGUCCCCUUUGUCGGUCAAACGAACCGCCGCCGCCGCCGCCGCUGCCGCCGUGGCUCCGCACCGGUGCUACACCGUCGCGAACACCGAACGGGGUAUUAGCGCGUUUGAAUUUACGAGUCGAUUUCCAUUAUUCGCAGGCGUAAUAUCGAUUAUUGUUACAUACCAUUAUCAUAUAUUAUUAUGUAUAUUAUGCGUAUGAUACGUAGGUACCGCUCCACCCAUCGAAUUUCACCGUGAAACGAUACGUUAUCCGUACGCGCGCACCGCGAUGGAUCCAGAAAAAAAUGUCUGUCGAAUAAAAUAUACACCGAGUGAAAACAAAAAAAAAACUUUAGGGCUCGUCGUUUUCGAAAAAACCCAUUUUUUCCCGUUGAGUCCCGGGGGAAAAAAAAAAUGAAUAGUUUAAAUAUAAUUCAUCAUAAUAUUUUGAAAAACUAAUUUUUUUUGGAAAAUAUUUUCAAUGCGAAAAAAUACCACUGAGAAGGUGUAUACGUUUAAUAAUUACAUUUUAUAGGUAGGUACCUAAUAGUUUUAUAGAUUAUAUUGUUUCUAUAAUUUUUCGGAAAUAUAAAAACAAUUCCUAAAGAAUUAAUUUUCCUGUAAAAAAUAGUAUUGAUGUCGGUCUCGGUCUUGCUUUAUUCAUAAAUUUAAUAGAUGAAAUUAAAUACCUAUCGCAGGAUUUUUGUAUAGGAUUUAGUUUGUGAUUGUUAAAACAACUAUAAAAUACAACUUUAUAAUAUAAUGUAGUCAUCUAUAACUAGAUAACUAGAUCACGGAUAACUAGACACAGCAACGGUGGUUUUUAUUAGUGGUUCUAUCCUAAACUUUUUAUCUGCUCGAUCGUCUUCAGGACGAUCUCUAGCAGUCUUGGUAUUAUUUUGAUCCUGGUCUUGCAGACUAAAAUUUUGAUGUUGGUAUUACUAGUGUCAACACUGUCUUUGUCUUGGUCCUGCUGUAAGACAAGACUGCAAAAGCAAAACCAUUUUUGAUAAUAUUUUUUUCGAUUCAGACUAAGAUCUGUUAAUACUUCAAUAAUAGUUAAUUUUUUUUUUUUUUUGAUAUUAAGUAAACUCUAAUUAAUUAAGUGAUGGCGUAGCCACCAGGUAGAACAAGGUCUGCUUAUUUUUUGUCAAAUAAACAAUUUUGGAAAAUUUGAUUUUUCAGUUUUAGAUUCUGAGAUAAAGCUGAAAAGUGCUACAGAUAAUUAGGUUAGGCCCUAAAUUAUGGCGUCGUUUCAGAAUGAAUACCUAGUAUCUCUAAAAACUCAAAAAUGAGUCGUAUACAACAAAAUACACAUAAAAAAAACCCCGAACAAUCUCAGGGAAAAAAAUCCAAGAAGAAUAUGAAUGUCGAAACAGUAUCGCGUAUCAAUUGAUAUUAUUGUCGCCGAAAUACGUCGUUUCUCCGGGUCAGGUGGGAAAAAUCACUCUUUGAGAUAGCUAACGACGAUAGAUACUUAAAGCAGAAGCAUAGCGAGAGGUGUCGCUUUGGAAAUCUAUUAUGCAGAUAACACGACACGUAUAUUCGUAAUAAUAAUAGUUUUUAAUUUUUUUUUUUUUUUUACAAUUAUUAGAGAAUGUGAUCGUGUGUGUGUGUGUGUGUGUGUACAGGAUGCGUAAACGGUACGAGUUCGGAGUAUUCGUAAUAAGCCCUGUUGCAGUUACAAUGACACAUUUGUCUUGGGCUGCAGUAUAUAUUAUUAUUAUUAUAGUGUUGGGACCGACGUAGUAUAAAUAACGAAUGGCAGUGAAAAUAUUAAAUUGCGCACAUAUUAUUAUUAUACAUUUUAUAUCUCUGCCUCUCUCUCCGUUUCGUUUAUGCGAUCGCCGCCGCUGCGCCGCAAUAAAUUAUACAGUUAUAUUAUAUGUACAUUUUUUUCCUAUAUUCCCCUCCUGAUGUUCCGACUGCGCGGUCGUCGGCUACUUAAUCGAAACAGUACGCGUGUGUAUAAUAUUAUUAUUAUUAUUAUUAUUAUUAUAAUAUUAUACGAAUUAUUGUUUGAGAAAAAAAAAAAAACAAAACUCGUUUUGUCCUCAACGAUUAUCGCACCGCCACGCCGCGGCAUUCGUACGGGUCAAAAUGAAAUAUCGUAUCAAUUAAAAAAAAACGUUGUAUUAAUUUAAUUAAAAAAAAAAAUAAAUAAAAUAACCGAGUUGAUUCGCACGGGGUGGCAGACAUAACGUACUCGUAUUAUAAUACGAGAGUUUUUAAAUUAUAGAGUCUAAUAUUAUGAUGAAUUCGUUUGAAUUUCGCAUAUUACGGGUAAGUACCUACCUAUUAUUUUUUUCUAACGAUUUUCCAAAUAUUAUAAUUUAUACUCGUUCUUCUAGUAUUUUAGACGUAAUAACAUAAUAAAUCACUAUCGCAGACACGCUGGAUAUUAUUAGACAAGUGGUUUCUGGCAGUAUUAUCACACGUACCUAAUAUAAUUUUGUUUUUUUUCUAAACAACCGUAGAGUUAUUUCGAUAAUUAAAUAACACGCCGGAAUUAGCGGCAGCUACACACAUACGGUACAAUAUAAUAAUAUUAUUUUAAUUUCUGGCUAUAAAAGCGCGUUUUCUCUUUUUCGGUCACCGUCGGCGUCACUAUAAUAUUCUCGAUCACAAACGAGUUGGAGCACGAUUAAAAUAACAACAAAAAACCAAUUAACUAGAGGAAUAACGCUGUAUGAAAUAAAAAUAAAACUUAAAGAUAACACUAUUGGUGUGCAACACACGUUCACUUUUAUUUCCGCAAAUUUGUAUUUAUGCAAUUAUUAUUAUUCAAUUUUUUGGGGAAAUUUCGACUAAAAAACCAAUACAAAUUUAAUUAGUGCCAGUACAUAUUAUGUAUUCUAUAUCUUCGUCCAGCUACUUUUGUUCGCUUUUAGCAGCUCCCUCUGAAACAAAUGGACACUAACUCGAGAAUUAUAUUUGUUUUGUAUUUGCGUGAAGCGGAUAGUGUUUUAGCAUUCCACAUACAACCGAAUGAAACCAAAAGAAUGACAUUUUUUAUACGCAUGGCGUAAGUACCAAGGAUAUGAUUUUCAGCUUUCAACCCCCACCCCUACCAUUUAUGUGGUAAUGAGAUAAUGAAGAAAAAUUAAGAAAACGGUAUACCGUUUUCUUCCACUGACCGUUUCCGUCCAUUACCAAAAUAAAUACCUAAUGGUCGCCAUCCUAAUGAUAAUUUGUAUACACCUAUAAAUAUUAUUAUUUUCUAUCAAUAUUGUUUUAUUAAAUAGAAAUUUGAAAUUGAGAUUUUCAUAACGAGAAAGUACUUUCAAAAUUUGGUGGUUGCGAGAUCUUCAUAACGAUUAAAAACUAUUAUACGAAUUUGUAUGAUUAAAUUUGUUAUUCUAUUCGGAAGAAAUCGUACGCGAUUUUUCGGAGGUAAAAGCAAAGUGCUUGUAUUUUUAUUCCCCCGGGGAAAACUAACGAUAGUCCGAACAUUCAUCAGUCAUAGCAGUUACAGUAACAUUAUAAUAUAUUUAAAUUUUGGCGAACCGGACAGGCCUAAUAUGAAAUAUACCGACCGGAACGUGUGUGGCCGCGACUUAACCGAUCGAUAAGACUGCGCAUCACAAACACCGCGUAAACACGAAAAAACCAAACGUUUUGCCGGUCCCUCGUUUAUAUAUUGUUCGCUGUUCAUAAUACACUCGUACGUAUUACAAUAAAAUAUAGUAACUAUAAACCUCAGUUUUGGUAUAGUAUACGAAUAUAUAUGCUAAGCACCUUGGUCCGAGGCGUAUUGGUAGUUUUUUCUUCUUUUUUUUUUUUCGCCGAUUGAUUUUCAAUUACAAUAUUAUUGUAUUUUACGUAUACACGCGGGAACGCUCGGACAGUGAUGUAGUCCGAGUUUUUUUUUUCACCCUCCCGAUCCGAACAUUAUAAUAAUGUGCAGGCAUAACAAAUACACUAUCACAAUACCGAACGGACGUUUUUGAUGUGUAUCCGACCGAAUUAUUCGGAACAAACACGCGGUCGGCCGGCGAGCCAGUCGUAUUUAAAAAUCCCUUUUUUUUGUAUAAUAUUAUUUUAUUUAUAACAUGUAUAUUAUAUAUAAAGAUAACUCUAUCCACGUGACGCGAUUUUCACUCGUCGGACACGUUACUAUAAUAUUAUAAUGUCUCGGUCGUCACUAUUGCUCGUGCUAAGCCUAAUUAUUCAAAUCUGACUUCUGAAAUAACGACUGACUGAUUAUACGCGCGAGAUGCGACCAGGGGUCUGGUAAAUCAUCAUCAUUCUUACACUGAUAAUACUCUUAUUAUAUGUAUAUACAAGUACGUCCACGGUACACUCUACGCCGCCGGCGUUGCCACCGAUAGUGGCCAGCGGCUUCCUAUAGUCGCGGUUAAAAAAAUUAAAAAAUACGAAUCCUCGACGAAAAAAAAAAAAAUCCACGACUUCUUUCCGACUCCUCUCGGCAGUAGGUAGGUACUCCUCGUAUACAUUAUGUACGCGCACAAUAAUAAUACUAAUAAUAUAUACGUUUAUCCCGUCGGCGGCUGCGUCUCCGCGUUAUUAAUGGGCAAAGUGCGGGUGGCCCGCGGACCGCGAGUAGAGCGCGCGGCACAAUGGACCGAAAACGCGCCGCUCUCCGACCCAUUGAUCGCGGACAAUAGCCGUUGCCGUCAUGCAAAACACGCCACCCUAUCACUUUCCGACCUCUCCUCAUCGGCUCUUUUUGGCCACGGACGAUUUGCCGACCGAUAUAACACGCGUAUAUACAUACACACACACACACACGUACACAACGUCACAUGGGAUCACUCGUGUGCGCGGUUCGUCUUUUCAUGUUUUCGCCGCGCGCAAUAACAAACGUAAUAUUAUACAACACGAGUAUAACAGGUACUACUAAUAACUCGGGGGCUGGCGAGAAAAUUACAAAAAAAAAAAUUCGCUGCAUAUUUUUACGCGGAGUCCCGAAAUCAGGUUAGGUCACAAAAAAAUAAAAUAGUUCAUUACAUUUUAAAUGCAUUUUUUUUAUUAUUUUUUUUUUUUUUUGUAAAUAUCCAAUUAUGAUUUAAUUUUAUAAAUUAGGUUAAACAUAAAUUAAAUUUCAUUAAGAUUUUAUUUAAGAACGAUAGGAACUGUUUGUUUUCAUUUAUGUUUUGAGAAUGAACACGAACUUCAUAAAUGUACCUUUACUCUUCAGAACAUAUUAGUUAUUUUAAUUUAGUUUUCAAACAAAACUAACAGAAACCGUUAUUGAAUAAAUAUUCUCGUUUUAUCCGAUUUUCUCCUAGAAUUAUUAAAAAAAAAUUGUACAAGAAAACCAAAAAAAGACUCCCUCAAUGCACCAACUAUAGAGAUACAUUUUCUACCAAAAACAAUCCCCGAAAUUGAUUAUUAGAACGAGAUUUCUAGUCCGAAAAGUUGUUUACAAGCAGACAAAUAUAGCAUAUCCUAGUAAAAAUAAAAAAUAAUUGAUAAUGUAACGAGUGAAAAAAAAGUAUCUCGUGUUUUCAGCCAAAACCGUAAAAAUGAUUUUCGAAACAAAGCACGCCCCAAAAUGUUAUCACUUUGCUUUUAAUUUUAAAUUUUUAGAUUCAGAGUGCGUUGCUUUCACGCCGUAUAUUAAAAUACAUUAUAACAUUGCGCAAAAUAUGUUUUCAUAAUAAAACGCAUUUCGCCUUUUUAUAGAAUGUUGUGAGUCCGAAAUAACGAGAGAAUACGAAGAGAAAAUUUCUUUUGAUUUCUAUUGUAUUAUAAUAAUUUAUACCAUCUGUGUUUCGGUGAGAAACACGCCUCUGAGUUAGAGCGUCCCGAGUGCGUCUCCUCUGCCGUUAUCCCCCGGGACCUCUUACCGAAUACACGUACCGAGAGGACUCGCGGAGUUUUCGACCGCCCGACACUUUGUCCGUUUAGUUUCGGCCGGUUUUUUCUCCUUUUUUUUUUUCUUUCUUUGAACCGCGGCAGUCCGUCUCGUUCCGCAUAUUUUUAAUAAUAUCCCGCAACCAGAUUAUUAUACGCACGGACGUUUAAUAUCAUUAUAAUACAUCCCGUCGCAACUGUAACAGGACGAUUAUUAUCAUUAUGAUUAUGACUGUCGUCACCGCCGCGCGGAGUUACAUGUUGAUUAACCUGUUGAUUCGUAACGGUUUUCGCGCGUGUGUAUCCGCUGCCGCCGUUCAAACACGUAAAGUCAUUAUAAAUGUAUAAUGUUUUAGUGGAUAUUAAACGGUCAAACAACUAAUAAAAAAAAAACUGAAAAUUCAACAUAUUAUAUAGAACGUGUACCGUUCAAACGGAAUGGAUCAGAGACGGCCGACCCGACAAUCCCGGCGAGACCGUUCGUCCUAUACCGACUCGAAAAAUCGUCAGAGACGUCGACGUUUUCGAUUUUAAAACGGACACGAUCCAGAAUCAUAAUUUAAACAUUUUAUUUUUCGUACCUGCUUUUUUUUUCUAUUGUUUUUCACAACGCGUGUUUUCGACUGUCGGACGCAUUUAUUACAAUAGAUUACAUUUUGGUAAUUUUAGUAAUUGGUUAAAUAAAUUAUUAUCACAACAAGUAUACCCAUUACAGUAAUAAAAAAAAGUACCGUAUUAAAAAAAAAAAAAUUACAGAAUUACCUAUAUCUUUACUUUUGGGAUACAUUUUCCAUGCUAUGAAAAAUAAUCUACCUUCAUAUUUAGAAUACAAGCUGAUUAAACUUCGCAACUUCUAUUAACAAAAAUUAAUUUAUACCUGAAUACUAAUCAAAAAUAAUAUUGAUAAUUGAUUUUUAAAUUAACUAUAAUUUUUAAACAAACUUACAUUUUUAAAAAAGAUCACCUGUCAUACAAGUAGAAAAAAUUAAUAACACAGUACCUAUUUUAAGUACAUAUAUAAAUAUUAAACAAUUCAAUAUAAAAUAAUUGUUCUGUUUUUGUUAUGUUCUAGAAACAUUUGUACACAAAUAUCUAAGUUGUAGGUUCUUAGAGAUUAUAUUUUCUUUGUUUAUUGAAGCCAAAGUAUUUAAACGAUCCUUUUUUCAUUUGAUUCCUCGUGUAAUCGUUGACAUGAAAUAGUUCUUUCAUAUCCAGCACCGGAUACUGGAAUAGUUAUUAUGAUAAAAGCUAGUUUAUAGUAGUUCAAUUAGAUUUAUUAAGUUGUUUAUUUUAACAUUAUAAUGUAUUUGAUAUUUUUUAAUAGACGUUGAUAAAAUUGUUUAGUUCUACCAUUAGAUAAGGCUAGUCCAUUAUUGUCUAAAAAACAGGUAUUUUUAUCAAGACCCUUUUAUUUAUCUUUUUCAAAUGACGUUAUCCUCGAAUAUAAAAAUGAAUUAUUAUACACAAUAAUAAUUGUAUUACUCUAUAGUAAUCACAAUAGAAGUAUUUCAAUGUGCAUAAUCACAUUUUUGAUAAUUUAGUAAAAAUAAAUAUAUUUUGAAUUUGGAGGGCCUGCCCUGGGCCAGAGUAAAUUUAAGGUGGGCCUGGCCCACCCAGGCCCUUUGGCUACGUGCCUGCAUGAGUCAUGAUUUUUUUUCUUGUAACCAAACUUUAAACUAGAAAUCAACAAAAUAAAACCAAUUUAUCGGCAUUUAUUGUUAGUUUUUUUUUUAAAUUUUAUAAAAAAAUUUGGAAAUCUAAAAAUUGUUUCAGAAAAAGUAACAUCUAGUUGAAAAUCUAAACCUUUAAUUUAGAAUAAUUUUAAAAUAAUGCGAAUAAUUUAGAGUCAUUUUAAUAAUUGAAAAAGUAUUUUUUGAUUUUAUUUUAUUUUUUCUAUUUUAAUCUUCUUCUUCUUUUUGUAUGCAGUCAUUCAUUUCGCAGUUAAAUUUUAUCCGUUCAGUUGCCAAGUGUCUAUUUUAGUAAUAGACCAAUAGAUUCUUUGAAAAGCCGCCUACUUGGGUAUUUGGAUAUACAAAAAUACGUUAAGAUAUAAUAGGUUUUAUUAUAUUGGUAAUAAGGUUUACUUGCAGUGAAAUACUGAAAUAAAAACUUUACUAGAUAAUAUAAACUACCUAUAAAUAGUUCAUGAAAGAGAAAAAACCAGCAGGAAAGCAAAAUAAUAUAGUAUAGAAUAUGUACUAUGUAUACAGACAGGAAAAAAAAAAAGGAAGGUAACAACCCCGUAUUCCGAGGAUUAACUUCUUCGUUUCUUUCUUAAACAACCGUUUUUAAAUAGAUUUAUAGGGACACCUAAAUGUUAAAAUCGGAUUUAUUUUUUAUUCGAGAAACUGCGCGACGCAUUGUGUACAAGCAAACAAUAUUAUAAUACGUUCAAAAAGAACUAUUGUAUAAAUAUAGCGACCGUGGUUAGGUUCGGAGUGGAGGGGGGGUGUACAGAAAUUUCCUGGCGUAUUUUUUACUAGAAAAAAAAAACCGCAAAGAAAAGGAUAUCGUUUUUUUUUUUUUUUGGUGUUUUAUUAUUAUUAUUAUUGUAGUUGUCGUAGGUAUGCACAAUAUUGUCCUUAAAUAUUAUCGUGUUUACAAUUGAAAUUACGCUUGUGACACCUACUGUACGUCGCGUAGUGCAUAUUACAAUAUAUUAUUGACACUGAUGCGCGAUCAAUGCGAGAACCGGUGCAUUAAAAUAUUCGUAUUGAACAUGAUAUCGCACCGAAAAAAUAUCAGCAGUCAGAUAAAAAAAAAAAAAAAAAAAAAAAAAAAAAAAAAAAUAAAAGGAAAGAAAAAAAAAGACCACCGGCUGGCACGUAUAGUGUCGUAUGUGUACAACAACCUGUUCGCGGACGAUUGAAUUCACACGGUCCGAAACGCCCGCCGCAGCGACGGUAGCAACAGUUAUUAUUACGAUUUACAUUUAUCCUCGUAACAGUAUUAUAUUAUUUUGAGCGGAAUAUUUACGCGAGAGAAAAAAAUCGCUACAACAAUAAUAAUCCGCGAUGAAAUAAUAUUAUUGUUUCGUUACGAUCGACGUCGUAUGUUUACACGGCCGGGAGUUAGGAACAAUACCGUAGUACUGGUAUUUGCUGUGUGCGUAUGUAACAGGAAGUAAAUAUUUGCACGGAUCCACCGCGUGUUUUCAUCGUAAUAUUUUGACGGACAAACGACCCAACAGUAGAAUAUUACACAAUAAUAAUAAUAAUAAUAAUAUCGCGUCGGUAAAUAACGAAAUGUGCGGAUUUUCUAUCGUAAUAUAAUAAUAUUACGUGUACCUAUAAUAAUAACAAUAAUAAUAAUAACGGUGCGACGUGCGCGUUUUCGACAGGAAGAACCGGCGACGUGGACGUACCGUCUGAACCGGGAAUCGUCAUAUCCAGAAAACAGCGGAGGGGCAGGACCGCGUUCACGGCCCAACAGCUGGAAGGGUUGGAAAGGUCGUUUUUGUCCUGCCAAUAUCCAGACAUUGCGGCCCGGGAGACGCUAGCCGCGAAGUUCGGACUUCCGGAACCCCGAGUACAGGUAAGCCGGCGGGGUUUUAGGCCCAUCGUUGGAUUGGAUAAUCGAUAUUUUUGCUUAUGUGAAAAGGUAAUUUUCAGUUAUCUAUAUAGAUUACGUAAAGAGAUGACCGAUUUGUGUUAAGACACAAUUCAUAGAAAUAAUAUUUUUAGUAGAAAGGUAAUUUAAUUCGAAACGUAUAUUAUUGAAUAUUCAAAAAAAAUGAAGUGAUUAUGACAUUUUUGUGAAUUACUAGAGGUGACCAACGUGAUGAGAAAAAAUACCGUCUGUAGGGGAAUGAUUUUGUAAUUUACUUAAUUAAUGUUCAAUAACGUGCGCAGGAGGAAGGAAGCUAUUAUAAAGCUUCUGUCCCCUUCCCUUGGCUUAAAAGUACAAUUAUUAUGAAUGUUUAUUUAUAGUAAUAUAAUCCUGACAUUUUAUAUUUUAGCCAAGUUACUAAAAAAAAAUCUUGAUUACUUGAAAAUAUUUUUAUUUUUUUUUUCGAUCUGGCUUUUAAAAUAUUCUCAUUGUCGGUUCAGGCACAACAUAAGAUAAUUCUACGGUUUAUUAAUAUAUCAUUAUUAUUAUUUUCUACAUUUCUUCCCGUUGAAAAUUCCUGGACACGUCACUGUUAAUAUCUCCGUAAUUAGUACAAAAUAAUUUAAAACACUAAGAUACGAAAUUUCGGUUUUAUCUUACAAAAAAUAUUUAGUUAUGUCAACGUUAUCAAGAUUAUCAUUUAGAUGAUUUUAUCUAUUGAUAAUCUCAACACGACUGGUCCCCAACAACAACAUUAUUAUUAUACACCACAGUUUUUAUAUUGUUUUGAAGGCUUGCACGUUCGAUUGUCUGACAUUUACUAUUUGAUUAAUACUAAAAAAUAUGUCUUGGUAGAGAGAUUUGUCUUGCCAUUUUAUCAAAAAUACGACUUUCUUUAUAAUAUGUCGAUAGAUAUUAAAAUAACUUUUUAUCGUUUAUACAGGUGUGGUUCAGCAAUCGGCGAGCGAGAUGGAGGAAACAAAAUAGUUCUAACGUACAGCACAACAUAAUCAGCAGUAAUUUUUCCGAGAACUUAAACACGCCUUCCUACACCGGUACCUAAUAUUUUAAGACUUAAACGUAUACUAUACGAUUUUAUUGAACGUCGACAGUAUUAUUAUCGUUGUUAAAUAUUCAAAUUUAUCGGCUAAUAUAUCGGAAAAACACAAUACACAGACUAUAUAGAGCAUUGUCCUAGCACAAACCUAGAUUCAAAGUACUAACUAAUAAAAGAAACAUAUUUUUUAUUAAUUGAUAGUAAUAGCUGGUGAUAAAAAUAUGUACUCAGCGAUUUUGAAAUUUACAAAACCUAUUUCUUUUAAACCUUUCAUAUUUUCCACAUAGACGCAUUUUUGAUUAUAUUAUUUUUAUUUUUAUUUGUAAUGUUUUUUUGCGAUGUUUUUACGUUCAGUGUAGGUUUAUAAUUCUGUCACAACACGUGUUUAUGCACUGUAUUUCAGUAGGUUUUUUCGACAUCUCUAUAUCGUUUAUAUUUAUUAUCAAACAUUGUAUUUGUUCCGUAUUCUUAAAUUGUAUACAUAUACAAUACAGUUAUAUUUUAUAUUAUCGACUUACACGAAGUCAGAACAGUUUAUAUUCGUUUUAUUUGUACAGAUUUGUUCUCCGACAUUGUGUUCCGGAAACGCUCGUUUAGACUUUAUAAUAGUGCAAUAGUUUUUCUAUAGUACUUACCUGCUCGACAUGCAGCGAUUUCUCCGUCCGGUACCUGGGUCGCCAUAUAAUAAUAUGAUUGUGCGCCCUGAGUUUGUAUUAUACAGCACCCGACCGAUAUUGUUGACGUUACGCGCAGUUUUUUUGAUAGCGAAUGGGUUGGUUUCAUUUUGUUUAACUAUAUAUUAUAUAUAUUUAACUUAUAUUCAGUAACGAGUAUUACAGUGUUCGAAUAUGCGGGUAUUCUGUCGUUUUUGGUAGUAUUUUUAAGGGUUUUUUUUUUCCAAAUGAUAUAAAUACAAUCGUAUACCGUUUACGAGGACAUUAAUUUUGAAUUGUAUCGAACAAAAUGUAUUGGUUUUAAUAUGUGUGUGAGUGUGUGUGUAUUAUUUUUCUGUGUGCAGUAAACGAAUUUUUCAGAAAUCUUGCUCAAUUAAAAAAUAACAAGACAACUUUUUUCUAUAUUAAAUUUUGUAUCUAGUUGGCAAAUAAGUAAGUUAGGUUUUUGGUUUGUCAACCAGUUUUCGUGAUAAUUGCGAAAUACUGGAAAAAAAAACUUAGGAAAUACGGUGUUAAUAGUUUCGUUAUUUUUGAUUUUUAUUUUUUGUUGUAAAUCGGCUAAAAAUUAUCGUAAUUAGCUGAAUAUUUUUAUUAUCCCAUUUUAACGGGACGUUCAAAAAAUUUUAAUGAUAUUUAAGCUAUUUUUUUAGUUUUGUUUUUUGUAGGUAUUAUAAUUAUUAGACUUAACUGAAACCUUCAAAAAUUUAAUAUGAAGUUCAUUAUAAGUUGUAUUUAGUUUUAAAAAAAACUGAUUGUGAACAAGUUUUUUUAUUAUAUUUUGACGAAACUCGUAUGAAUUACGGCAUUCAUUAUAUGCGUAACCGAAUUUCGCUCAAAAUCGUAUUUCUUUUGAAAUGGUUUUAUAAUGGCUUAUAUAUAUGAAUUAAACAAAUUUAAUUAUUCAACCUUUCCGAUUUCCCACCCAUAGAAGUAGCACAUUUUUUUGGCCAACGACUAGUACAACAUCUCAAUAUCUAUUGACUAUAUGUAAGAUAUGUAAAAAAAUGACAUUUAUUUUUAACUUUAACCCGUCAAUAUUUAUUGUUUAUUCGAAAUUAUUGAGAAUCAUAUUCGUCGUUUUUGUAUAUUAUCAUUUUUAAAAUGUUUAAAUGAGUAACAAACCGAACAACUUCAUAAAUUAUACAAUAAUUGGGUACAAAUCGACCGGUUUUUUUUUUUUUUUUUUUUAAUGAAAACGUGUUAAGUUUAAUGUAUAACGGAAUUCUAACCGAACAUAGAAAAAUGACAUUAUAUACUGUUACUUAAUAAAAUAGCAUCACUUUUUUACCGAGUUUAUUUCAUUAUUACUAAAAUACUUUUUUAAAAUUAUACAAUAUUAUUCAUAUAAUAUUUUUACUUAUAUUUUGUAAUGUUUUUAUUUGGAGCCAGCGAAUAACAAGCAUAAGUAAUCGAAAAUAAAUAUGUUUUCAUCGUAUAGUCGAUUAAAUUAUGAAUAAAUUAAACGUACGUUCGUGCUGUAUAUCGCCUCAAACAAGAUGAUGAAAUGCAUAGGUAUAUCUACAACCCAACCCGGCUGAUGGGUGCCUAUCAUUUAUAUUACACUGAACUGAAUUUCGAACGUUUUGUGAGGCCAACUAGUUUACGAGAGCGUAAUGUAAUAAUAAUAUAACAUUUUUGCCCGUCGAUAUUAAUAUUAUGGUAAACGACGGUAAUUAUUAAUUUUUACCACCGGCCAACGCAUACAUACAUAAUAUAUUGUGUGCUGUAAGUAAUACGAACAAUAUGUCAAUAUCUUUAAUAGAACUAAUUUUAUUCGUCUGCUAAAGCAAAUACCUAAUAUAUUAUAAUACUAUUGCCGAAGAAUCAAUGUAUUAUAUAAUAUUUUGUAUGGGUGUAAUAUUAUUAUUAUCAUAUUACCUGUGUAUGAAAGGCCCGACCUUAGAAUAUUAAAUAAUUGUAUUUGCGUUGAAAUGAAUUCUGGUAAUACGUAUUACCUACUGUAUUGGUUAAAUUUUUUAGCGAAACCUUUUCCCAGAGAUUCUGCAAGUACGGAAAAUCCCUCAAUGGUCUUUUAACUGUUUUACUAUGGCAUUCAGAUGAUGAACAAUAUUUUGUUACGAUAUUUAAUGAAACAGUUGGCGUUUGAUUAUAGUAUGUAUACCUAGUCGCUUAUUGUGCCAGCCACCGAACAUAACAAAAUUUGGUAUUGUACAUCGCCACAAUAAUGAUAUAUUGCAUAAUAUUAUUAUUAUGCCUACUCAUUUCCCGAACAUGAUGUAAUGAGGCACCUAUUAUUUCGUACUGCUCAAAAUAAUAAGUUUCUGUUUCGCAUACUCAUCCGCCAUCUAGUGGUUUAAAAUUACCAAAACAUCGUACGAUUGUUUCGCCACCCGGUGACGCGCAAUGUCGUCACACUUCCACAUUCGUAUCCGUGUAGAUAGCGUCACAUCCAUUUUAUUAUUUUUAAACUCGAAAUAAUACUAUUUUUGACAUAAUGAUUGGUUUGGACAGUGGGAACAGUUAACGGACACUUAAUUCAUUUAAAAAAAAGGAACAAUUGUAACAAUAUCAUAGGACAUUUAAAACAUAUAUUUAGAUUAGGUACUUACGACCUACCGACUUGUCAAAAUUAGAUUUGAUUUCUAACAAAAUAAACUAUUAUCAUUAUAAAUAAAUGUGACUUUAUUUCCCAAACUAAUUGUUUUAUUUCCAACAGGAACCGCCGACUGGAGACUUCCCAGCGUCCAGUACAACGGAUACUACGAAGGGUGGGACGGUUAUCAACAGAACGCCCGGACGAACGCCGCUCAACAAUACGGAGACAUGUUAGACAAUUUGUAUAACUUCUAUCAAAACCCUUAUCAGCAAUAACAUAGAUAUUAUACUAAACUUACUGACGUUGUUUGUGCAGUCAUCAAAUACAUUAGCACGAAAACAUUUUUUUUUUCUCUGAGUGAAUGUAAAAUGUUAUGUUUACAUAUCAUUACUCUCAGUGGCGUGCCCAGAAAUUAUCUACGGGAGAGGAUGUAGUAAAUAAGAAUCAUGAAUAAAUCAUAAAUUCGUCUCUCUACCCAAAUCGACUGUGGGUAUUGGUAAUUCAAAAGCCCAAUCACAAAAAAAUGCCCAUUUCUAAUCAAUAUGUCAAGGUUUUUCCUCAUAACUUGGUUGAAAUAAAUGCAUUUCGACGUUAACAUGCUCAUAUUUUGUUGUAUUUUAAGCCCAUAGAGGGGGAUAUAACUCCUAACCUCCCCUCCGCGCACGCCACUGAUUACUCUUGUUUAUCGAUUAAAACGAAAUAGGUACACCAAAAUCCUACAUAAUUUAUUUGUAAAUCGUUUUUCGGUAAGCCUGCAUUUAUUAAUUUGUUUCAAUUUAUACCUACUGGUUCAAACUAAAUCACCAAAAUGUCACUAUAGUCGUAUAUUUAAUACCUAUAGGUAUUUGUCUUAUAUCGUUUACACAAAUAAUUUCGUUGCAUAAUAUAAUAUCAUAUUACUUUACUUGAUGAUAUUGUCUUUUUCAAUUUGCAAUAUUCAAUUUAAUUUAUUUAUGUCUUGUACAGAUAAUCUUACAAUUGUUUACAUAUUAUUUUAUUUAUUGAAAAAAAAUAAAAAAAAAUAAUAAUAAUAAUAAUAAAAUAAAAACCACGUACGAAAAAACCUCAUUGAGUUACAGAUUGUUAUAUUUACAUGCAUAAAUAUUACGAAACACUAUUAAACGUCUUGGCGAACAAUAAUAAAAUAUACAUAAUUAAUAUUAUGUUAUGAACACCGUUAAUGAUUUUGUCCCGUAAAAAGUUCGAUGAUAAAACACUUUAGAUUUUAAGCGCAGCGUUUUCCUAUGAUGUGUACGAUUUUAAUAUUUUUUCUCCAAUCUGUUUCUACCAGAAAUAUUGCUUCGUCUCCAAGCGACGCAUUUGUUCGUUUAUUUAUUUAUUUUUUUGUAUACAUACACAUACAUUUUUAUUUAUAUAUUUAUUUACUAUAUUCAGAAAAAUGUUGUCUAUUCGGUGCAUUGGAAAGUUGCUUUUUUAUUUUCCUUGUAGUUUUUCUAAUUACCCGAGGAAAACUCUUCCGGGUUUACUGAAACAACGAUUUCAUUAUUAUCGAUUUUGUUUUGUUUUUUUUUUUUUUUUUCUAUAAUUUAGCUAAAAAUAAUUAUAAAGAACUGAAAUAUUUACGAAUACUCAUAUUGCUUCUUUUUUUAAAUUCGAUAAAGUCAUUUUAGUGGUUUUUUAUAAGCCAUUUAUAACCAUUUUACAUUUUCGAGUUUUUUUUUAAUUUUUAAUAAGUUUAUGCAGAUAAAAUUGUUCUGACCGAGCAGAUAUGCUUGAAAAUGUACAAGUUUCGUCAUAAAUUGUACUCAACUUGGUUAAAAAAAAAAAAAUUCAGUGUUAUGUUGUACUUUUUUGUAUGCUUCAUUCAGUUUAAAAUUUUUACGAAAAUCGUAAAAACUACGAAUUUUUAAAACAAUCAAAAUAAACAUGUUAAUCGAAUUUCGAUCAAAAUCGUAUUUCGUUAAAAUCUAUGUAUCAUUGCCUAUAAAUCAUUAAUUAUAUAAAUUCUAAUUUACCAAUUUUUCAUCUAUAACAGUAGUGGAGCACACUUCAACAGUAUCAGCUUUUUUUUUUUCUCUCUAACCAAUAAUCGACCCACGUAGUAGGUUUUAUAUAAGGGGGCGAGGGGUGAGUUUACUUUUAAUUUCGUUUGGUUUUUUUUUUUAUUUAUAUGGUUUCCGUCAUUUGACACGUGUGAUAAUCAAAGUACAGCGACAAUUUAUUAUUUUUUAACCGUUUCGUAUACAAAAGGGUAAAUGGGGGAGGUAAACAAACAAAAAUAAUGAAUAAUAUUAUCCUCGGGUGAACACGACCGAACGUUUCGAAAACAGUAUCGAUACUAUAGUGACACGAAAUUCGUAUUUAAACCGGUGUUUCUCCUCUUUUAGAUUCGAAGCGUAACGUGAAAUUGAUUGGUUUUACAAUGUUAUUUAUUUAUUUUUGUAUUUAUAAAUAAUUUUUCUACCAUAAAUCUUGCUCCGAUUUUCAAAUGUAGUACCUUUCCUAAAAGGAAAUUUUAUUUGGAUUGUUUUUAAGUAUUUUAAGAAAGCCAUUUUCUAAACGGUUUUCAUAUCAAUGUAGUAAACACGGGAAAAUGUUCGUACAUGUAUAAAGCAAACUUCGCCCCAGUCGUUUUUCGUUUCAAUGUUUUAUCGUUACGUACAGAUAAAAAUUAAAUACCCUUCUACAUGCUACCUUUCCGAACUCCUUUUCACAAUAGUGGACUACCCAUCGUGCAAAGUAUAUUCAUUUUUUUUUUCAUUCGCGUACCUUCAGACCACCCGUUUUGAACUAUUAUAAUAAUUUCACGCAUGCUGCGUGUCAUCCGAUAUUCACUUGUUACCCAAAAUUGUGUGAUCAAAUUUUAUGCACGGUCCUGGAAUACAAUAAAUGGAAAAUCAGAAAUAUAGGGAAAUAUAAUAUACCUAAGUAAUUGUUAUAAUCAUCCUGCUUGUGGCUUUUUAUAAACUGUUAACACGUCAUAACAAAUCGUACCGAAAAUUCGAUAAAUUAUAAUUUGUAUAAUAUUUUAUUGUCAUGCAAAAUACGUUCUACAGGAAGUGUAGAACUUCGAUUUUUGAUUAUUUAGCCAUAAACCACAAAAACUUUUUUUAUCAAAACAAAUUGCAAUAAUAUUGGUCGAAAUCAAACGUAUUUAAAAGAAACUAUCGAAAUCGUACUACUCUUGAAUGUAUGAGAGUUCUUCCAGAGUGUACAGAGUGUAUCAAUAACUCAUUUAUAUAAAAAAAAAAAUAAAAAACAGGUGACACAAGCCUUUUCAAUAUUUUCAUUUUGGUGCAGCCCUAUAGAUUGGGAAUCGUUGGUUGAUUUAAACACUUCCAUUAGAAUAAUAAUAUAUCAGCGUUAAAAGUAUUUUUUUCAUAGAAUAAUCUAGAAGAUAAUCUAGAUACCGACAUACUUUAUAUUAUUUUAUUAAAAUCAAACUAUCUUACCUUUAAAUGAUAAAGAUAUUUUUAAUAAUCUGUAUUAAAUACGUGGAUAACACAAAAAACGUUUAGAUUGUAUCAUUUGUUUGAAAAAAAAAUCGUAUUUCAAUACUAAAAUAAAGUAUUAGAUAGAUCUAUUAUAUAGUACAUAUACUGUUUUUAGUAUUUAAUAAUAUGUUUGGAAUCUGGUUUACCUACGUAUAUCUACGAAUUUAAAUAAAUCGCCUGUAAUUAUUAUAAUUGUAUGUUAUAUCUAAAUAACUGAAAAUUAUUAUUUACCUUUAUCUGAAUAAGUCUUUAAAUCAUUUUAUUUUUAUUUUCUAACUAGAUAAAUAUCAGGUAUCUGCGUUGUGUUAAAAACAUUUUUUUUUUUUUUUCUGGACAUUAGAUUCGUUAUAUAACGAAUCAAUUACGCUCAAUAAGCAAUAAUAUUAUUGUGUUUACACCAGUGUGUUGUGUGUAAUAUAAAAGUGAUGAAGAAACGUUUUUUUUUUUUUUCUGGUUAUUUUGAUUUAAACAGAUUCAACCAGUCGGCCGGGAUGGUUUACGGUGGAUUGCCGCCGCCCAACGAAUUUACAGCUAACCCGAUGACCAAACGUUUGCCGCAGCCAAUGUCACAGCCUCAGUCGACCGCCACAGCCGUAGCCGCGACUUCCGCUGCAGCCGCCAUGGGUUACCAUCAGAAUUCUUCGCCGUCGUCGUCGUCGUCCGUGACAGUCGGCCGCUGGACGGAAUUCGGCAAGCCCGCCGCCCUUGCAGCCGCCGUCCAAUGUCCUUCUUACUUCAACAAUAAUAUUCUAUUAUGAUACGAUCAUUGUUGUAUAACAAUAUUUUUUAUCAAACGUCGAGAAAAAAAUACAGUCGAUAUAAUAUAAUAUUACCAGGAUUCGGGACUUGUAGCACUUAAAUUUAAAAAAAGCUCCGAAAUCAUUUAAAACAAUGCAUUUGAAAAAGCAAAAAAGGUAGAGGGAUUUCUCCUAUGGCUGUAACUUAUUAAAUUACAUAUUUUAACACUACAAAAGUAACAAUAAUACAAAUAAUGUUGUUUACAUCAAAUAAUUGUACGUAUUUAAAAAAAAAAUUACUUUGCAAUAAUCAUUUUUGUAGUACUUCGUAGAAAAUAGCAUUUAAUAAGUUCAAGUUGUUAGAAGGGAAAUUUUUUUAACUCUUUUACCACUUUUCAAAUAUUUUAUAUUUUUACAUUUUUAAGCGUUUUGCGGUUUUUAAGUACCAUAAAUCCUGAGCUCUGUAUCAUUAGUCAUUCUGUAUUUUUACAGUAUACGUAGAAUUAUAAUAGAUAGACUUAUAGUAUAGAAUUUUAAUAGAUCAGUGAUAUCACUGAUAACUGAUUAAGUAUGUAUGUGCCAGAGACACAAACCUGUAGUUUAUUUGUUUAAAGAGUAUUGUAGUAAACGCGUCUUAUUGAUAAUAAUCGAGUUAAAAAUUGGAUAGUUAACGAUAAUAGUUUUAAGUUAUAACGUCAAUAAAAUUUAGAACUCGAAGAAUAUUCAAUUCUUAUCCUAGUUAUAAUCAAUGAACAUUAUGCAAUUGUUUUAUUAUACUCUUUGAAAAAAUGAGCUGUGGAUAGGAUUUUCUGUUUCUCGACUAUUUUUCUGGGGGGAAGGGGGCAGAUAGCUUAUCACAUGGGCGUUCAGUUUAUAUUUACAAUUCCAAUUGUCUAAUCUGCUGACUACAACUAUAGGUUUUUUUGUAUUAUAAUCAGUUUUUCUGUGCGAUAAAGUUUAUCAUAAAGGUACGCACAUAAUAAUCAACAGCAGCUUGAAAAUCAACUGUGCUGUAGGAAGUUUUAUCUAAUGCUUGAUUUAUUUCGUUAACUUUGGGGUUGUGGGUCCAGCACCACUUCAUCACUCAUCCUUUCUCCCUCCGUAAAUAUUCCACCGAUUUCGACGCGUUAUAUUAUACAAAUCGAGUGUAACGUUCGGUUUAUAUAUUUUAAGGCUUCGGGUCACUAAUUACACUAUUGUACACCGUUGGCGAAUAUUUUUCACCCUCGAGUAAAAUAAAAAAAAAAGCCCGUGAAAUGCGUUUUCGUCGAAAGUAUCGCGAUGAAUAAUAUACAACAAAAACGAAAAAACGACGACGUUUGUUUGCCGAUUUUUUCGCUAAGUUUUAAUCCGUCUCGUUUAUAAUUUAUCCGCGUUUUUUCGGUCACGUGCAGCUAAGUUUAGACGGUCUCACCGACCGUUUUUUCUCAUGUUUGCAAUCUUCCCCCGUUCCCUUGUCCGUUAUCAUCACUUUUACGUACGUCAGUAAGCAUAUCAUUUUCUCGGUAAAUAUAACAUUAUUUUGAUAUCACGCGAUAUUCGCAUACCUAUAGGCUAUAGGUAUAAUAACAGUAACAAAUUAAAAUAAGUCGACGGGACGUUUUGAACGAUCGGCUAAACUUUUAAAAAUAACCGAAUUAUUGUAUAUAUCGAUGUUUAUUAGUUCGUGUAACGUUUUAAGUUUUAAAUGUAUUUGACGAAAUCAUUAUUUUAUAAUAUUCGCACGCUUAUUACCUGCAGUAUCAUGUUGUUUUUUUUAGAUUAAAUUAAAUGUUUGUGUACAAUAUAUUAUAUAUAUACCUAGUUAUAAUACAUUGCGGUAUUAUGUAUCGAAAAUAAAUAAUUGUUCGUCAGUGGCGGCGUGAAUUUUUUUUUUUUUUGUUUUUUAUGUAGUGGUUUCGUUAAAAUUAAAAAAAUCUCGCAUUACCUAAGGCUAAAAAAAGUCUGCAGCUAAGGUUACUAUAAACCGUUACUAAGUAUUUUCUAUUAAAAUAUAUUACGGGUUAAACCUUACCCAACCUCACAUAUAUCCCCAAAAACCCUCUCACUUAAUUCGAUCACGAAGCAACCGCUUAAUAUGCAGGAUAACUAUUCACGCCACUACAGAUUUGUCCGUUAUACAAUUGUUCAAUAAAAAUAAGAGUAUGGUUAUGUGGCUCUAAGUGUUUAUAUGUAUUUCAAUUUUUAAUAAUUUAAGCGAUGAAAUAAAAUUUGUAUAACGGUAUGAGUAUGUCGAAAAGCUCGUAUAAAAGUCAUUGCACUACAACAAAUAUUGUGUUAUUAUUAUUUUCGAAAUACUGUGGAGAUCAAUUUAUUUGACCAUACAAUACUGGUCGGAAAAUUAUUUUUCUUAAAACCUGAAAAUUAAAUAAUUUUGGAUAUAAGUAUCUCGG